AGGACCAGACUUGGCCAGCCAGGCCAGUAGUGACACCAGGCCUCCGCCGAGCGGAGCGCACGACCUCCCGUCCAUGCCCUUGGGCGCGAGCGGCAGGAGUGCAGUGGUCUAACGCCGACCGAGGCCCAACGCAGCGGAGGUCGGUGCUCGCAACAAGCAGAGGCUAAGCUCGCCGUAGCCAUGAGCCAGGCGGCAUGCCUCCAGCAGUUCACAGCGCUGCUGGCAGCCACGGGGACCACCGCAUUCGCCUCGCUCUCCAUCAGCCUUUGCGUCCGCACCAUUGAGAACUGUUCCAGCAUAGACGUCGGCCUCAACAGGCGGUUUGGCGCGGCGGACGGUGGUUGGCGGAUGCGCAGCGAUGCCAUCGAGCUGAUGCAGGUCACCCAGCAGAAGCGACACACAGGCCGGCCACAAACGCAGAGAAGCCAUCCGCAGAACGGUGCGGAGAUUGCUGAGGCCUCGUCUCGCCAGAUGCUUUCGCUGACUGACUGCCAAACGAUCACAACAAUCGCCGAUGUGACAACCGGAAUAGGUGCACUGUCCUACCUGUUCUUCAUCAUUACCAUCAUACAAGCCGUCGCUGAGUGUUCAACUACUCCCCCGCCGCCGCCGCCGCCGCCGCCGCCGCCUCCGCCUCCGCCGUCGCCAGUGAUCCCCACACCACCGCCCGCUGCUCCGACGGCGGCGCCGACGCCGCCUCCGCCGGCACUGCCGGCCGUGGUGGCGGCCAUAGCGACGGUAGAGGCGCUGGACAUCGCCGCCAUCAUUGGAGUUGUGACGCUGCCGCCGAACCCGUGUCAGCUCACGAGCGAGGCUCCGGCGCUGGACGCCGGCGGACAGUGUCAGCCGGUGCUGACGAGGGGGUCAUGCCAGGCCGGCUUCUGGUCAGUCGUGCAGCCCGACACCUUCCAGAGCGUCUGUGCACCCCGCCUGUGCGGACCAGGCCGCGUGUUUCAAGCCUCGGACCAGCUUUGUCACGAUGUGCGGGAGCCAGGACUCUGCGCAGGCAACCUUCGGCCGUAUCUGACAGCGUUUGGGACAGUGCUGUGUGACUGUGACGAAGGACAAUACAGAGACAGCUCCGGCGAGUGUGCCGACCUGUUCAGUCCGGGGUCCUGUCCUCCCGCAGAGAGCCUCCAACUGGCCGGUGACUCCGAGAGGCUCCAGUGUUCACCCGAUGCGUGCUCUAGACAACAAACAAACGAAGGGAGCAUUUUUGCAAACAUCAACGGCCAGUGUUUCGAGUUUGGCACGCGCGGCCCGUGCGCCGCUGGCCAGCUGCUGGGCUGGGACGUGGAGCUGCGCCAGCCCGUCUGUGCCGAGGUGGACGAGCCAUUCCUGGACGAGUUAUUGCCAGCCGGGGCGACCGGCGCCGGCUCACGGCUGCGCCGCCAGAUCGCGCUGCGGACCGGGGUGGUGCGCUCACCGCUGCUGGUCCGCUGCGGCUCGGCGGCCAGGAUCAGCGCCGUCUUCAGCUGCCGACGCAUCAUAUUUCCUGGUCGCAAUAGAAGAGGUGGUGGAAGGAUCUUACCACCUAUUCCACCGAACUUCGCCUGCCCCCAGGCGGAGGCGUCGCUGUCCAGCGCCGGCCGCUGCGUGACGGCACAGCAGGCGGCCGCCGACAGCUGCCACCCGGGCACGAUGCUCGACCCGACCGGCAGGUGUCGCCCCAUCGCGGCCGCGCUCGGCCGCCGCUCGGCGCUGGUGGAGUCGCUGUUCGCCUGAGCAAGCCCUGGCGGCCUGACGACGGGAAUGGCAACCAGCAUUGCUGCAAUUGACCCACAGAUAUCAGAAUAGCCGUUGGGCGUCGCAGCCGGCGAGGCGUUUGAUGUUUCUGUCGCUGCUCGUUUGUUCUUGUUGAGACAGGCUGGAACAAGAAUGGGAGGCCUGUCACCUCGCGCAUUCAUUGAAGAUUCUCAGGUGUGAAUUAUCGUGCAUUCUGUGUGCGAUAUCGUGCAUUCCGCGUCAGUCGAUGCCCUAACAUUUGAACUCAUGCAAUUCAUAUACUAACCAAUUCCACAGUAUUUUUGCGUAUUUAUUAUGCAUUAAUAGUUUUCGUGCGAUCCAGGUGUUAAAAAUCCAACGUGACAUUUCAGGUAUAUUUUUGGUUAAAAAUAGACCUUGCGAAAUAUCGGAGAA